AUAGAUAUUUUGAGAGACGUUUUGGAGUCUUUGACAUGGUUGGUCAAGAGAGUCAGUCGGGGUUGGAGAACAACCUGCCAUUUGCCAUUGGUCCGUCAUCAGGAAAAUGGGCCAAGCCUG